AUGCGGACAGGUCGGGCGGCCGGCGAGCCCCCUUCGGCAGCGUCGCCGCCCAGGGGCUCCUCCUCGCCCCCCUACGCCCUCCAGCUGGCCAGCGUCAACAGCGUCAGGGGCAGCAGCAGUUCUCACCUUGGCAUGAACCUGAGCGGGAACAGCAGCAGCCCCGUGGAGCCCAUCAAGCCCCUGAUGGACCUGGGGGACGUUGAAGGGACGCUCACCCUGCCGGCCUACCCUGUGUUCGACGAGGCCACGCCCACCAAUGUCACGGCCAUGACGGGCAACGCCGCCUACCUGCACUGCCUCGUCCACAACCUGGGCAACAAGAGUGUUUCGUGGAUCAGACAGCGGGACAUCCACAUCCUGACGGUGGGUCGUUACACCUACACGACCGACGAGCGCUACGAGGUCAUUCACUCCCAAGGCUCCAAAGACUGGAUCCUCAAGAUAAAGUACGCGCAGUCGAGAGACUCGGGCAACUACGAGUGUCAGGUGUCCACCAAGCCUGUCAAAUCCUACACCGUCCACCUCCAUGUCUUCGCUCCCAAAGUAGAGAUCAUUGGGUCGCCGGAUAUGCACGUUGACACGGGUUCGACCAUCAAUCUGACCUGUGUCAUAGCUCAUAGCCCGGAGCCUCCGUCAUAUAUCUUCUGGUAUCACAACGACCAGGUGGUGAACUACGAGUCCCCGAGGGGCAGCGUCUCUGUGCUCAAGGAGGAGGACAACGUUUCCCGCAGCUCUCUUAUAAUACACGAAGCCCAACCAUCAGACACAGGGAAUUACACUUGUUCACCGUCCAACGCCGAUGGUACUUCCCUUCGUGUGCAUGUGUUCAGUGGUGACCCCCCCGCCGCCAUGCAGACCAACGGAGGCGUGGCUCUUUUAGCCCCGCCCUUCGGCCACGCCUUUUAUACCUGCCUCGUGGGGGGACUUUUCCUGACGCUGCUGACGGAGGACCUGCUGCUGCCGGGGACCUUCAGGGGCGGCGGGGCGGCCUAG